CAUUUACAAGGUAACAGCUCUUGAGCAUCGACCACUAUGUCCUCGUCCAUUUCAAGCCGGACGAUCAUGUUUGGCAAGUUCAAUGUCACGUCCCAAGUGUUCCAUGUCACGCAACACUCGUUCGCUCUCGUCAAUCUGAAGCCACUCCUGCCGGGUCACAUUCUCGUUUCGCCUUUGCGAGUCCUGCCUCGCCUGUCAGAUUUGACUAAGGAUGAGGUCGCCGACCUUUUCCUGACUGCGACCAGAAUUCAGCGAACCUUAAAGAGGCUUUACAAGGCCGACGCAUUCAACGUAGCAGUACAGGAUGGCGAGGCUGCUGGCCAGAGCGUACCACAUGUCCACUGUCACAUCAUUCCUCGAACCCGAGGUGAUCCUGGUGGUGACGACAAGGUCCACGAGUGGCUUGAGGGCGAAGAAGGCAACAUCGCCCGGCACCAGAAGCAAGCAGAAGGUGGCGGAGAUGUAGAGCGCAAGGCAGCAAAGUGGGUUGAAGAUGACGAGCGCAAGCCACGUUCAAUGGAUGAGAUGACGAGUGAAGCUCGGUGGUUACGCGAGGAGUUGGCUAAAGAUGAAGAACAGGACAGCACUCGAUUGUAAUCGAACGCCAUUUUUCCGGUCGAUAGGUUCACAGGUGACGUCUGAUUUCCAGGCAUCUUGCGCGGAAGAUCUUGCUAGCUUGAUGAUUCUCGGUACAUCACAUCAGACGAUGUAUUUCGUGUCCAUAGAAGCAAACUAUAUAUGGGUUCCAAGGAGCGU